UAAGUUUUAUUACUUUAUAAUUACUACCUUACUCGUUACGAUGUCUAUAAGGUUUAUUAGAGCACAAUAUUAUGAGUAUAAUCACCAACAUCAAAUAACGAGGAAACAUCAAUGCGUACUCCUAUAAACAAUCUGCAAAGUGAAGUGUAAUAUGAAUCGAAGAUUUUCUUUCGAAGACGAAUAACCAUAAAGAAGUACGCCUAACAGAUAUGAAUAGAAAGUCAGCAGAAUGUUUUUAACGCCGUAAUAAGGAACUUGUAAAGUAACUCAACAGGCUGGCAGCCACGCAUGCGCGCUGAUUGCUGAAUUCGCUCUUACUUCAAAGUUUUCAGUCGGCGGGCUACCACGGAACGCGCGGCGGUUGCCGUCCUUGUUACUCACUUUGCCUCAAGUGCGAGUGUUAUCGGCAAACAUUUCCCAACUAUUAAGAGACUAUGGACUAUUCAAUUCACUUCGUGUUCCUCAUACUGUGCUCAAGUUUGUAUCAAAUGUUUCAUUUAAUAUUUAAAUGUUCUUGACGUUGUUUUUGUCAGUUUUAUGUUGCGUGUUGAAAGUUUAGCUCGUGUGUAAUUUUCCCGUCAUCCUGCCAUCUGAUUGUACACGAUUGUACUGUGUUUUGAGUAAAAAUAACGCUUUUUGUUUUCAUAUAUUUUAUGAAUAAGUUUUAUGUAAAUUUAUUAUUCAAGUUUGAUGACUGAGGAUAAAGUGCGGGCUCAAUUAAGAAUAUGUUUUCACUGUGGCAUACUUUGCUCAGAAUUAAUAACUUUCUUGUUUAAACCGAUAUCCAAAUUAUGAGAGAUUGAUAUUGAUUGAGAGAUAAAAAUAGAAAAUAAAUUAUCUUUUAAGAAAUUUUACAGACUACUUAGAUAAAAUUCCAAAUUAAACAAAAGAUGCUUACAGUACUUAUAGAAAAAAGAAUAGCUUCGAAUAUAGGCACAAAUAAUAAUUGACAUCCUUCCAGUCCUUGAUAACUAAAAUGAGUAAAACUAUCAUUUGACCUACAUAGUUCACAAGCUAAAGAGCUUCAUAUUAAAAUGAACAAGAACUCGCUGAUAAAAUGUUUGAUUAAAAUUUAAGUGAGUAGAGCUUUUAAGUUUUGAAAACUUGUCUCUGAGUUUUAAUAUAAUGAGCGAAGACUCGGGCGACUUACUGCUAUUAAAAUGUAUAGCGGUAAACAUAAGACGUUUGGACGUGCCAGCGCUAGUGGAGUUAGGCACGGAGUCAGUGACCUUAGACUGUGAUUAUAGUACAGGAGUCACGCCUGGCCCCGGCCUUGUACUCAAGUGGUUCUUCAACGGGUCCACAGGAUUAGUGUACCAGUGGAUACCACCAAUGCAGCCUCAAGUCAUCGGACUAUUAAAAGGAAAAGUCGACAUGAGCUUUAAAAUUUCAGAGGAACCUUUACAAGCAUACAGAGCUAUUAAAAUAAUGAAUCCUAGUACAUUGUUAAGUGGGAACUACACUUGCGUGGUGUCCACGUUUUUGGAAGAAGACAGUCAGACGAAAUCGAUGUUAGUGUACAGCCCAGGAAAGGAUUUUCAUUUCCAUCAAGAGAAGAAGUAUGUUUUCUUAGUAACACUCAUCUGUGCCGCCGAGUACUUGUACCCAAGACCUGUUAUGACUAUUCUUUCUAAAGGCAAGCCUUUAAAAAGUGCAGUCACAGACAUGAGGAUGGACUCAUGGGGCAUGUACAGCGUGGAGACGCAGGCCUUGGUCCAUGACGAUGACGUCACCAGUCCCUGGGAGGAGUUCGUCUGUGUCCUCAGCCUGCCCCUAGCCAAUUACACAGUGAACAGAACUACUAUUUAUUACCCCGGUCUUAUGCCGACGGCGCAUAUCGCCGCUAUAGGAGUCGAGAAGCCUCAAGAACAUCAAGCUAACAAUAGUCCGACGCUCGGCAGGUGCACUCUACUAUUGACUUUUUUAAUUAGCCUUAACAAAGUUUUUUAAUAAGCUAAUUUAGUCAAGCUGUAUAUACUGAUCUAGGCUAAACUGAAUCUAGUAUAUAUUUUAUGAAAGACGUGGUC